UGGAGGGCGUUCCCUCCGGCCCUUACGAGGUUUUCCAUUAUCUAGACAAGUCGAGCGGUUAUGUCAAUGCGCCUCGGGAUAGAUUUUCGGGGUUAGGUAAAACAACUAUACCUGCUUGUUCAACUUCAAGACGCCAGCGUCAUGAGGAUCCCAUUGACGCAUCCUUGCUCCACCGCUUGCCCAAUUGGCCUUCCGUGUCUGACCCUCACGGAAGUUUGCUACUCUAUAAGCGCCCCAACCUAAACAAUACCUAGGUACAUAAGGUGCUUCCACCAACAUCCCUACGACUAAUAACUUUCCAACUUCAACUCUUUAUAAAAUAUCGUCAAUUCUGCCAAAUUAAUACCAUUCACACACGCCAAACUAAUAGCUUGCUUGCUGUGUAUAGCGAAAUAAUGGCAUCCACUAAGAUUUCGACUGAACACCUUGCUGCUGGCCACCGGGAUGCUUCAUUUCGAGCAAUCAGCAAUGUCCUUUCAACGGAUAUUGCUUUGGAAACCUAUGCGCAAAUUAUUGAUGGACUUCCCCUGAGCCAUGCCGCAUUGGAUAGGUAUAGGCAUAAAAUGCAUCCAAAGCAUCCCGUCGACUCCCAUCAUGAACUUUGCCCUGGUGCUUUCGAAAAAGCCAUAGAGGCGAGGGAAGCAUUUAACAUAGAUUCGUUGAGGUUUGAUUCUCAGUUAUUGCAAACUUAUCAAUCCGCCUCGAUUGGCACAAGGCAGUAUCUGCUACGACUUUUGGAACUCACUGCAGUAGCACUCCAUCAAAUCGCUGUCUACUUAUUUCAAGAAGCAGCCUCCAUUCAUGAUCUACACCACCCCCAAGGAAGCGGGUUCACUAUCCAUGAUGCUACUGUGUGGGAACGGCCGCCUGAUAUGUGGCUUCGUGAGGCACCGUGGCCUACCCUAUUCACGCACCCAGGAUUCACCACCGUCGAGCAAUACCCGGAUGGUGUAGCAGACAUGGCGGCUUAUUGGGUUGAAGAUAGGAUACUCGGCGGCGUACUGCUAUUUGACCGUUCGCAAAGCUGGGAUCAUGAAGACGAACCAAAUGCAUUUUUUUCAAUCUGCGCGGCCCAGGCGAACUCCCCGCAUCUAUCAACUCUUAGACGAUCAGCAACAGGCACUAGUGGACUUCAUCACUGCACCCCUCGUAAGCUCGGAUUGGAGGCUAUGUCCAUUACCAUUACGCUUUUCGCUAGGAAAUACGACGCUCAUCGACCCGAAUGAGGCUAUUAGUAUACGCAAAGUAUACCGGGAUCUUUGGGAAAGACCUCCAUAUGUAACACCUCCACCUGUGAGCCAAUUUAUGCGCGAGCGCGAUGUUGAAUCAGGUCCAGAGGUGGAUGAAUAUGUUAAGAGGAUAUCACGUCAAUAUAGAUAACGCCGUUCCUAUAUUUCCCAA